AUGGGCAAGGCUGUUUUUAAGAAAGUGAACUACGCGGCUGAGAAGAAGAAGAAGGAGACGGCGGUGACUGAUCCAUCUGUUAGGACCGAGGGGUCGGCACGCACCCGUCCUGCUCCUAGCACGGAGAAGACCAAGAAACUCUCUACUGUAGAGAAAGCGUCGGGCAAGUGCCCUGCUGGGUCGGCCACACUGGUGGAAGUGGCCAAGAAACAAGACCUGGCGGCGCUUGUUUCUCAGGCGGCAUAUGCUUCUCGAAAAAGGGAUAGGUCAUCGGAGGGCCGCACUGAGAAAACUCAGAUGAAAUCUCACGGUGAAGACUUGCAGUUGAUUGCUGUAGAGGGAUCUGGAGUAGCUGCUGGGGGCGCCGAACAGCAAAGUGAAGAGCCUGUUCCUGGGGCCUAUGAUUAUGCCUACUCUUUCAAGGGCGCGGGAAAGCAAAUUAUGGACGAGCCGAGGGCUUGUGCCGACUUCCUCUCUCUUAUUUAG